AACACAAGGAGUCGGCAACUAACACCGUCACGAGCUCGACGUGGAUGCGCCAAAGUCAGAUGGUCCGCUCACCACAUCUUCAUGGAUUAACUUCGUCGAAUUUCUCUCCCUCCCUCUCUCUCUCUCUCUCUGUCCAAGUCUACCUCUCUCCGUCCAAAUUGAAGUUGAUAGUCAAGGGAAGAGAGAGAGAGAGAGAGAGGAAGCAAUCUGUUCUUGAUUGCCUGCGCGAGCUCAUACAGAUUCAGGAACUGGGAAUGGAGUUCAAGGUCUCUGCUGCAGAGGAAUCAGAACAAAUGCAGGAUAGCAAUAAUGAGAUAGAGCAAAGCAAAGUGGGUAUCAUGAGAGCCCUUGUCGAAAGAGAAGAUCCCUCUUCCAAGGAAGUGGAUGAUUUGAUGAUCCGGAGAUUUUUGCGAGCUCGUGAUCUUGAUAUUGAGAAGGCUUCUAACCUAUUCUUAAAGUACUUAAGCUGGAAGCGAACAUUUGUUCCCAAUGGUUCCAUAUCUGCAUUAGAGGUCCCAAAUGAGCUCUCCCACAACAAGUUGUUUAUGCAAGGUCUAGACAAGAAGGGACGCCCCAUUACAGUUGUAUUUGGUGGGAGACAUAAACAGACUAAAGGGAGUCUUGAGGAGUUCAAGCGCUUUGUGGUCUUCAGUCUGGACAAAAUAUGUGACAGGAUGCCAAGAGGUCAGGAAAAGUUCAUUUGCAUUGGAGAUCUUGAAGGAUGGGGCUACACUAAUAGUGACAUUCGAGGAUACUUGGCGGCUCUAUCUAUCUUGCAGGAUUGUUACCCAGAGAGGCUAGCCAAGUUGUUUAUAGUCCAUGUGCCUUAUAUAUUUAUGACUGCAUGGAAGGCUAUUUACCCAUUUAUUGACAACAAAACCAAGAAGAAGAUUAUCUUUGUUGAGAAAAAAAAACUCCGACCAACUCUGCUUGAAGAUAUUGAUGAGAGCCAGCUCCCUGACAUCUAUGGGGGCAAACUAUCACUGGUUCCUAUCCAGGGUGCCUAAUUAGCCAAAGUCACAUUGCCAUUGCCACUGAUUGUAUCUUCUCAAGUUACUCUUUAGCAUAGCUUCAGAAUAAGAUGCUGCAGUGGCACCGUUGAUGGGCACUAAACCUGCGUACAUCCUGUCACUGGGGCAUCUAAAAUUUCCCCACCUCGCCCAUGCAUGAUCCAUUGUAUGAGUUUAUACAUUGUAUCCUACCUUCUCGAUCUCUCGAAACAAACAUGUAUUCGCAUGGAAUAGCAAAUGCGAUGGUUAGUGAAUAUUGUUUUGGUUAAAUGCAAUGCAACUCUUUGGGAUGACAAAA